CGCGAGGGGCGGGCUCUCACCCUGUGUUGGAGUCGGUGCUCUCUAAGCUGCAACCCGGCUAGAGUAGAAGGAAGUAAAUAAUUAGAUGGGAGGAUUGAUGUCAUUUCAGUGUUUACGAAGAUCAGUUUCCCCUGGCAGAAUUGCAUAACCCGAGUCCAUUAACUUUGCGGGGUCCCCGUGUCUGUGCGUGUAAAGCAGCAGCGAUUUCCGCUGGUGUGCGGGACUGUGAAGUGCACUGCUUUGCUUACUGGGGACGCCGCGGUGCGGGUUUAAGGUGGGCCUUGCCCGGAUGUCUAUGUGACUAAAAAUCCCGGCACGGUCAUCUCCAGAUUAAAAAAAAAAUAAAACAUUUAUUUUACUCAGUCGUCCAAGUCUUCGGCAUCAUCCGCAUCCUAAUAGUGUCUGGGACUAUCGUGCAUUUCACCAGCCGAUAUGGCAGAUAACUUCUGUGAAGCCCUGAGGAAGCUGAAGCUAACAGAAGCUGACAGCACAGUGGACAGUUUGGAGGGAUGCCUGGACUGCCUGCUUAAAGCAUUGGCUCAUAAUAAUGUAGAAGCUAGUGAAAAAAUCCACGAAAGUGGGACUCUCAAGAUGUUCCCGGGUCUGUUGUCUCCACAGUCUUCCAGUACACCAAAAGUAGCUAACGUCAUUGCUGAAGUUGCCAAAAAUGAGUUCAUGCGGAGCCCCUGCGUGGAGGCCGGAUUGAUUCCUCCCCUGGUUCAGCUCCUACACUGUAAAGACCAGGAGGUGCUCCUGCAAACAGGCCGAGCCCUGGGAAACAUCUGCUAUGACAGCCAGGAGGGCAGGAGUGCAGUUGACGAGGCGGGUGGAGCACAGAUAGUUGCUGGCCACAUUAGGUCACUGUCCCACAGUACAGACCCUGCCAGUGAGAAGCUCUUGACUGUCUUUUGUGGCAUGCUGAUGAACUAUAGCAAUGAUAAUGAUACUUUGCAAGCACAGCUGAUCAACAUGGGUGUGAUCCCCACUCUUGUGAAGCUUCUUGGCAUCCACUCCCAGAAUGCAUCACUCACAGAGAUGUGUCUGAUUGCGUUUGGGAACCUGGCAGAACUUGAAUCGAGCAAAGAACAGUUUGCCUCUACAAAUAUCGCUGAGGAGCUGGUGAAGCUCUUCAAGAAGCAGGCGGAGCAUGAGAAGAAAGAGAUGAUCUUUGAGGUCUUGGCUCCUUUGGCAGAGAAUGACGUGAUCAAGCUGCAGCUGGUGGAGGCAGGACUGGUAGAGUGCCUCUUGGACAUUGUGGCUCAGACAGUGGACGGAGAGAAAGAGGAGGACAUUGCUGAACUGAAGACCGCUUCUGACCUCAUGGUCUUGCUGCUGUUAGGGGAUGAAUCCAUGCAGAAGCUGUUCGAGGAAGGCAAGGGGAGCGUCUUCCAAAGGGUCUUGUCCUGGGUCCCAUCACACAACCACCAGCUGCAGCUGGCUGGAGCCCUGGCCAUCGCCAAUUUUGCCCGGAAUGAUGGUAAUUGCAUUCACAUGGUGGACACGGGCAUCGUGCAGAAGCUACUGGACCUUCUGGAGAGGCACGCAGAGGAUGGAAAUGUGACCGUUCAGCACGCUGCUCUCAGUGCCCUGAGGAAUCUGGCCAUUCCUGUGGUAAACAAGUCAAAAAUGCUCUCCGCUGGAGUGUCGGAUGUAGUUUUAAAGUUCCUCAAGUCAGAGAUGCCUCCUGUCCAGUUUAAGUUGCUUGGGACACUGCGGAUGCUUAUAGACACACAAGCGGAAGCUGCAGACCAGUUGGGGAACAAUGUGAAGUUAGUAGAACGGUUGGUGGAGUGGUGCGAAGCCAAAGACCACGCUGGAGUGAUGGGAGAAUCCAACAGGCUUCUCUCUGCGCUGAUUAGGCACAGUAAAUCAAAGGAUGUUGUCAGGACAGUUAUCCAGUGUGGCGGCGUGAGGCACUUGGUAACCAUGGCAACAAGCGAGCACAUGAUCAUGCAGAACGAAGCCCUGGUUGCCCUUGGACUGAUGGCUGCCUUGGACUUGGGUAUGGCAGAGAAGGACUUUGAGAGUGCUGAUCUGGUGCAGGUGUUGCACAAGCUGCUGUCGGAUGAGAAGAGCGCCCCAGAGAUCAAAUACAACUCCAUGAUCCUCAUCUGUGCUCUCAUGGGCUCUGAACCUCUCCACAAGGCAGUGCAGGGCUUGACGUUUCUGGACGUUGUGUCAAAGCUACGAUCCCACGAGAACAAAACAGUGGCCCACCAAGCGUCGCUGACAGAGCAGAGGUUAACAGUACAGAGCUGAAGGACUCUUCCUCCUCUCCCCCCCCCGUCUUCAUGCCCCUCGGUCCCACGUCAUGUCACAGGGUUCCCCUCUCUGUCCACCGUCAGCUGUUCCUGCUAACACCCCUAGUCCCCCACCCUUUAUACUACUCGUGCAUGCAUUUACAAGUCUGCGCAGUUAAUUCAGAACGAUGACACUAUAGGUCACCUUCUUAAAUAGAAAACAGACACACACACACACA